UCACUGGUUGGUGGUUUAGUCCCUGGGAGCUCUUGGAGAUCUGUACCCCUUUCUGCCGGUGCUGGCUGUGGGGCGCUCAAGAGCCUGGACAGCGCCUGUGGGAAGACGAGCAGGAAGGAGCGGAGGAAAGGAAGUGGUCAGCAGCCCCGGGGUCUCAGAGAGCCCAUUGUGAUGCUGGCCAGGCUGGUGCUUGGGACCUCAUGCAGGGCGGUCCUAGGAUCAGUGGAGCCUGCGCUUGGCGGUUUGAAGUCAAGAUGGGGAAGCAGCCAACAUUUUUGUUCUACUCUCUCUAAGGAUGUGACUUAUAGGGAACUUAAAAACCUAUUGAACUCCAAAGACAUUAUGUUAAUUGAUGUUAGAAAUACAUGGGAAAUUCUUGAGCAUGGAAAAAUACCUGGAUCAGUCAACAUACCAUUGGAUGAGGUAGGUGAAGCACUACAGAUGAACCCAAGGGAGUUCAAGGAGAAGUAUGGUGAAGAGAAGCCAUCCAAGUCCGACCGUCUAGUGUUUUCUUGUCUAGCUGGAGUGAGAAGUAAGAAGGCUAUGGACACAGCAAUAUCACUGGGCUUUAACAGUGCUCAACAUUAUAUUGGAGGAUGGACGGAAUGGGUAACCUAUGAAAUUUCAGAGAAGAAACAAAGUUGACUUUUGGAAUAACAGACUCUGUGUUCAUAUAGACAAGGAUGGUGGAUUAAGCAAAAGAAAAACCCAACCUUGGUACCAAAGGCUAAUAGAUUCUGUAUAACUACUUGGUGACUGUUUUUCUCAUCUGAGAACUGAGGGUACUGUUCCCCUGAACAUUUUCAAAGACUACUGCACACUAAGAUAAUAUGAAUCACCAUUGAAAUAGAUUCUACUGUUCAUUUUUUUUCCUUUUCUUUCUUUUUUUUUUUGGAGCUGGGGACCGAACCCAGGGCCUUGCACUUGCUAGGCAAGCGCUCUACCACUGAGCUAAAUCCCCAACCCCUCUGUUCAUUUUUUAAAAUUCUUCUCUUAUACAUUACAUCCCACACCUCAGUUUUCCCUCCCUCUACAGUUAAUUUUUAAGUAGUUUGGCAUUCCAAAAAGAUCAGAUAGCUUGUAUUACCUAAUCAUGUGUGAUCAUGGUUGUGAGCAAAAACAGUGUGUUAACAAGCAGUCCCAAUUUUAAACAAUAACUUAGCUUCCAGUUUUAGCCUCAUACUUGUAGGUCCAAUACUUGAAAGAUGGAGGCAAGAAGACUUCCGUGAGUUUGAGUCCAGCUGGGGCUAGAGAGACCCUGUUUCAAAAGAAAAGAAUCUGGGGUCUGGAGAAGUCAACUCUACUCAGGAAACCCAUUCACAGCAUCUGAAAACUCAUGGCAAUGUGUGGCCAGAAUAGUAACAAUGUAACUCAUUUUAAAAAGUAUAACUAAUGUGAGAAUAAAUAUCCCAACAGGUUUUGAUUGUAGAGAGCAAAGUAACCUGGAAGAGGCCAGGAAAUUUUGUGGGAUACUAGAGAUGUUCUGUGGCAUGACAGAAGUGUCAAGAGUGUGUGUCAAAAACUUAUCAAGGCAAACAUAAAAAUGUGUCUUUACAAGUCAUAGACCUCAUUUCAAAACUAAUAAAAUAUUGUCCCAGUGUGA